CCCGAAGAUAAGUAUUUUAAAAGAAAAAUAAAAUGAAUAAAAGGAGUUUUGAAAAUUGCAUGAGCAGGGAAAAAAAGAUCUUUGAAUCCAAUGUGAAAAGAUUCAAAGAACUUAUGGAAUCUGAUCAAGUAACAGAAAGUGUGGUAAAAUUAGAACAAAUAGAAAGUGAAAUCAGUAUAAAUGUUACUGAUAGUGAAAAUUCGGAGCGAUUUUCAUCCGAUGAACAUAGCUCCUGUGGUGAAGAAGAAGUUUUAGAGACCCCUGUAGAAAGUGUUGCUGGGGUUAAUAAAAUUGAAGAAAUUAAAUCGUGGGCUAUUGAAUUUAAUAUUUCUCGAAAUGCUCUAGACGGCCUAUUGCAAACUUUAAAUAGAAUCGGAGUAAGUGAUUUACCUCUUUCAGCAAAAACUCUUUUGGGGACCAGCAGGCAAAAAACGAAUAUAUCAAAAAUUCCAAACGGUGAAUUUCUGUACCUAGGAGUACAAAACUAUUUUUUUGACAAAACUCUUAAUUUUUUACAAAAUAAGGAAGAAAUUUCGAUUGAUGUAGGGGUUGACGGUCUUAGGUUAUUUAAAAGUUCAAACCGUGUACUGUGGCCGAUUCUUGGAGCACUUUCAGAUUAUCCUACUAAGAGCCCGUUUGUCAUUGCUUGCUUCUCUGGGCAUGGAAAACCUAAAGACAUAAAUGACUUCAUGCGCGAUUUUUGUGCCGAAUACAAGGUUCUAAAAGAAAACGGUAUUAAAGUAGGCUCCAAUCAAGUUUUAAAAGCAUUCAAUGUUCGGGUUUUCAUUUGUGAUUCUCCAGCUAGAGCGUUCGUUACCGGUGUUAUAGGGCAUAAUGGAAAAAACGGUUGCCCCAAAUGCUGUGAAGAGGGAACAUACAAAGAGAGAAGAGUGUGUUUUUCAAACAAGAUUAGAGUCCUUAGAUCAUACGAGUCCUUUGAAUUAAGAACUAAUAUUUCUCAUCACCUUACACAGUUUAAAGAAAAAAAAAUGUUUUGGAAGAAGCCGGAUUCAGGAUGGUUUCGCAAUUUCCCCUUGAUUCUAUGCAUUUAGUUGACUUAGGCGUAGUUAAAAAAUUGAUAAGGCUAAUCUCCAAAAGAGUAAAUGUAAAAGCAAUUAAUGAAAUACUCAAUUACGUAUCUCAAUUUGUGCCUUCUGAAUUCGGUCGUAUACCCAGGAGCUUAGAAGAAGUUUGCAAUUGGAAGUCUACGGAAUUCAGGCAAUUUCUCCUUUAUACAGGUAUAUUUGUUUUGAAUGGUAAUAUUAGUGAUGAUUCAUACUACCAUUUUUUAUUGCUUCACAGUGGAAUAAGACUUCUUUCAAAUGAAAAGUCACUUAAUAAAGACACAGUCGUUGCUCAAAAAAUUUUAGAAGAUUUUGUCAAAUUUUUUGGUAACUUAUAUGGCGACGAACAAGUUAGUUUUAAUAUUCAUGGUCUGCUUCACUUGUCUGAUUCGGUAAUAAAACUCGGUCCAUUAGAUUCUUAUUCAGCAUAUAGAUUUGAAAAUUAUAUGCAAUUUUUAAAAAAAUUAUUAAAAGCCCAAGCAACAUUCUUCAGCAAUUGUCUGUGAGACUUAAGGAAGGCAGGGGUAUGAAUCAAGUUGCAAUAAUUUUGGUUCCUUUACUAUCAGUGAUAAAAAAGAUAAACAUCGUUAUUGUUUUUGUGAGAAAAUUGGGCCUAUUAAGGUGGUGGAUGUCAUAAAAUCAACGGAAUCGGAUAUAAUUAUUUGUAAAGCUUUUCAAAAAAUCGAAAACUAUUUUACUGAACCUCUUCAUUCAUCCACGAGUUUGGGCAUAGUUGUAGCAAGUGAUUUGGCCAUUGAAACAGUUCAAAUUGCCUUCAAAGAUAUAAAAUAUAAAUAUUUUUGUAUUCCGUUUGGUGGCAAGUUUCUGUUAAUACCCCUGCUGCACCAUUUGUUUCACGAUUUUUUUAACUUUACCACACAUUCAUAAUUAACAAAUUACCGAUAAUUAUAGUUUAAGUAAUUGCAAAAAACAUGAAUAUUAUUGCACAUGAAUUCUAGCAACUCUAUUUUGGACGAGUCCUUCGUUGAUGAAACCCAUUUAAAUGCGAACCAGCCUGCAAUUGUCAGAAGAUGCUUUGAUGAAACAACUUCCGACGAAGUGAUGGAGGUUAGGGAGGAAAGCAGAAAUGAGCAACAGAGACCCGAUAAUAAAGAGAUUCUGGAUGCCUUGGAAGUCAUAACCCUACGUUUGGCUACGAUCGAAACUAAUCAAGUUGUCCUGCAAAAAAACCAGGAAAUAAUUAGCCCCCAAGUCGAAGAACUUGUCGAGAAGAUGGUUAAUAAGUCGGAAAUGUUGGCAGAAAACAAAAUCCUGAGAGAGUGCAAAGUGACUUUGCAAAAGAUUGAACUGUCAAUUGGAGGUAUGACUGGCGAGGUACGAGACCAAAUUUUAGAUGAGGUGGCGAGCAGUUUUCCAAUCAAUUCAAUUACUUCUGUCAGUGAUAUUGAGGACAAAAUUAUGAAUCGUCCGGAAUACGCUCAAGCAAUGAUAACGUACUUCCACAAAUUAAAAGGAGCAUCCGAAGACGUCUCUAUCAGCCGCACUCAGAAACGUUCAUUAAAUUAGCUCUAACGGGCACUUAACUAAUGAUCGUUAAAUCUGUUAAUUAAUGUUUCCUCUCAGAGUAAUUUUUUAAUGAUUCAUUAGUUAAUGAAAACUUUAAGGGCUUGUCAAUUUCUUCCCUCUUUUUCUUUAGCAACACUCACUUCAAAUUGACAAAAAAUUAAAUAUUUGAAGUUAGAUUAUAUUGUGCUUUCAUACGAAAUACGUAUUUCAUUGUUUUUCUAUCAGCACCAAGGCAAGAAAGCAUACAUAAUAUAAUAAUUAUAUUAUAAUGGUAAGUAUCGGUGUAGAAGUAAAGCAAGAUCGUAGUUUAGGCCUUCCUCCUAUUAAUUUGUACUCGCUUUAAUUUAAUUAAUUUGUCUCUAAUCCUUGUCUAAUCCAUUUCCAUCCCUUACUAAAGUAAGCAGUAAGGAUUGUUAAAGUAAGUACAAAAGAUGAGACAUGGAUUCGACAAGGAUUAAAUACAUGAGUCACUUAACAGUAGUAACAGUUUUUAUAUUUUUUUGAAUUUUGAAUUGUGUCGUUGUUGUACAGGACCAUCGAUAUGUAAAUACAUUCAUAUCGUAUAAGUGCGCUGUUAGGGACUUAACUAUUAUCUUCAUACUGUCUUGUCGUCAUAAAAUUUAAUUAUUAGGCUGCUCCCGCAAUGAUUUGCGAAAUCUCCAACAACUUUGACAGCGAUGGGGCAAUUUUGCUAAACAUGGAAAAUAGCCCUAGCUCCAUUGAGUUUUUAGGUAUGUCCUUUAAGAUAUAAGGCAAAUCACUUUUUAACCAACAUUUUUUAGAUAUGAUCACGGAAGCAAAUGAGGAAUCCGACGUAAACUUCAAAGCCAUAAGCAUAAAUUAUGAAGGUGAACCAAAUGUUGCAGGUACUGUACCUAUAAAAUACGAAAGAAGUCAUCUACGAUAUACUAAAAUUCUUUUCGCUGCUUUUUAACUACAUAGUACACAGUAAUGAAACUGGCCACCAACAAAAAGUGGAAAAGGAGCAAGUACUCAGACCAAGCGACUACGUUCGGCGGGAGGCAGCAUUACGGGUAAGGUACCUAGAGAAGAGAGAGAAGCUUAAGCUUGAAUUAGUCAAAACACAGUUGGAAGUUGAGCAAAUAAAAAAAAGAGCAGCCUUGUUGGAAGAGCAAAAAAACCAAGUAUUACUACAAAAGGCUAAAAUAGAUUUUGAAGAGGCAAAAAAAAUCGUUCAAUAAAUUAAACACAUAGUUAAUAUUUCAACAUCUAAAGACUUUUAUUUGUAGCAAAAGAUGUAGGAAAAAAAUCUGUCUACCAGAGAUUGACGCGCAAUAAAACCGUUGCUGUUGGAGUUUUCAUUGAUUGGUGAGGCUUCGACAUUAAAAGUUUCGAUGUUAUCAGAGCUGACUGGUAGCAAGUCAUCUACUAAGAUGGAAAUGUUAUGCAAUGCUGCACAUGCGCAUAUAACAGCUACAACGGUCUCCAGCUUAAUACCCAUUCCAACGUGAAGGCAGGGGAAUCUUCGCUUCCAAACUCCAAAACAUCUUUCCACAGUGUUUCUUGUUUUAAUGUGGCUUUUAUUGUACUCCUUUUGUGGAGUUGAGCUUGGUGAUAAAAACGGAGUUAAAAGCAAAUUACUGACAGCAUAUCCACUGUCACCUAAGAGUAUUCUUUUUAAUUC